UUAAAAAAAUAAAGAAGGUAAAGCAAAUUGUCGGAAACACUGUCUGAAACCCAUUUAUCAUUCUCUCUGGAUCUUCCUUCUUCAGCUCCACCGACUCUCCAUUUUCUUAAUUUUCCCAAAACCCCCCCCCAAAAGUUCCUUCUAUUUACGAUCCUGACCCCAAUCGUUUUAGUCUCCUUAUUGAGACCUUCCAUUUUCAGAUCCUGAAGAAAAAGGGUGAAAGAAAAAACACUUCCUUCUUCAAACCUCGAAUUGUUCGAGUCCCCGUGUUAACUCAGGGCGAGUCAGAGAAGAAAUGCUGGAGCGGUGCCUGGGAGUCCGCCGGGUCCGGCAGAUCCAGAGGGCGGUUCGCCACGGAACGGUGACGUUUCUGUGCCUCUUCCUCACCGUCGUCGUCCUUCGUGGCACCAUCGGCGCCGGAAAGUUCGGCACGCCGGAGCUGGACUUCAACGAGAUCCGCGACCACUUAUCCUACACGCGCCGCCGCGGCGAACCCCAUCGCGUCCUCGAGGAGGCCUCCGCCCAAAACGACGCCGGUACCGCCGCCGCUUCGAACGCCGACCCCAACAACUACGCCACCUUCGACAUCUCCAAGAUCCUCGUCGACGAAGGCGAGGACGAGAAGCGCGAUCCCAGCAAGCCUUACACUCUCGGCCCGAGAAUCUCCGAUUGGGACGAGCAGAGAUGGGAGUGGCUGAAGAACAACCCGGGUUUCCCCAAUUUCCUCGCGCCGAACAAGCCUAGGGUUCUCCUCGUCACCGGUUCUUCGCCGAAGCCGUGCGAGAAUCCCGUCGGAGAUCAUUACCUUCUCAAAUCGAUUAAAAACAAAAUCGAUUACUGCCGGCUCCACGGGAUCGAGAUCUUCUACAACAUGGCGCUUCUCGACGCGGAAAUGGCGGGGUUUUGGGCGAAGCUUCCGUUGAUUCGCAAGCUUUUGCUCUCGCAUCCGGAGAUUGAGUUCCUCUGGUGGAUGGACAGUGACGCGAUGUUCACGGACAUGGCGUUCGAGGUUCCAUGGGAGAGGUAUAAAGAUCACAACUUCGUAAUGCACGGCUGGAACGAGAUGAUUUACGAUGAGAGGAACUGGAUCGGUCUCAACACCGGAAGCUUCCUGCUUCGGAAUUGCCAGUGGUCGUUGGACAUACUCGACGCUUGGGCUCCGAUGGGACCGAAAGGCAAAAUCCGAGACGAGGCCGGUAAGAUUCUGACACGAGAGCUCAAAGGCCGGCCGGUUUUCGAAGCCGACGAUCAGUCCGCCAUGGUUUAUCUCCUGAUGAAGGAAAGAGACAAGUGGGGAGAGAAAGUUUACCUGGAAAGCGCUUACUAUCUGCACGGAUACUGGGGAAUUCUGGUCGAUCGAUACGAGGAAAUGAUCGAUAACUAUCACCCGGGGCUCGGCGAUCACCGUUGGCCAUUGGUGACCCACUUUGUGGGGUGUAAGCCUUGUGGGAAGUUUGGGGAUUAUCCUGUUGAGAGGUGUUUGAAGCAAAUGGACAGGGCGUUCAACUUUGGGGACAAUCAGAUUCUUCAGAUGUAUGGGUUUACACACAAGUCUUUGGCUAGUCGGAAAGUGAAGAGAGUUAGGAAUGACACAAGUAAUCCUCUUGAAGUAAAGGACGAGCUUGGAUUGCUUCACCCAGCCUUUAAAGCGGUUAAGGUAUCAUCAUCAUCAUCAUCAUCAUCGUGAUUAGAUUUUUAGCUUCAAGUUGAAGUUAAAUGUUGAAACUUGAAACAGAGAAUUUCAUAAUUCGUUCUUUUUUUUUUUUUUUUUUUUUUUUUUGGGU